GCCGCUGCACGGCCACAGCAAGAGAAAAUGACAAGUGGGGAGAGAAAUGUGUGAGAAACAAACCACCGAAUCAUUUCCAGCCUCAGAGGGUUUUUUUUUUUUUCAUUUUCCACCGACUUUAGUUAUGUAAGAGAUUAACCGUGUGGCUGAAGGUGGAGAUGUUUGGAGCGCACAGGCUGCUUCGCUGGAAUUAGUGCCUGUGCACCGUCAUGUGGCUGCUGGCUGAAGGCUGAACGCUGCGACCGAGCCUCCGCCUGUCUCACCGGAGAACCAGGCUCCAUGUCAACAUGCCAACGUUUUCAGUCAUGUACAAAGGAGCUGUGAUCAUCAGCAGGACACUAAUGGGUCCAUACGGAGUCGACCGAGCUGUUCAUUCCAUGGAGUUUACAGACUGUGAGAAUGGCCUAGGAAUUAAAGUGAUAGGUGGAGUGAAAGAGCUAACUGGAGAGGAGUUUGGAGUCUACGUCAAACGAAUUUUGCCAGGUGGCCUUGCUUCAACUGAUGGAAACCUGAUGCCAGGGGACCAGAUCUUGGAGGUGAAUGGAGACAGCCUAGUAGGUGUCACAAGUGAAAGAGCUGUGGAUAUCUUGAGAGCAGCCUCUGCAACCAAUCACAUGCGACUUCUUGUAGCCAGAGAUGAGGAAGCAAAGAGGGAAUUUGCUGAUCUGCUAGAGAAAUAUGGAUCUAAUGGCAGCACUGGAUCAACACGGAACUCUCCGAUCCAGCAAGGAGGUCGCUACCUGGAUAGCACAUCAUCCGGUUCCUCGUCACGCUCCCAGAGUCCUUUGCUGUUGAGCCCAGCAGGCUCUCAGAGCAUGUACAACAACAGUGGGCCCAUGCUGCGCUCCCUCAGUCAUCCAGGUGAAGGGGUGAUUCAGCUUAUUUCAAUAGCACGAUCCGGCAGUUUAGGCAUCACCAUUGGAGGAGGCUCCAACAGGCCUGACGGCCCUGCAGUCUUCAUCCAGGAAGUCCUGUCAGGAGGAGACUGUCACCGGGAUGGACGGCUGAGACCGGGAGAUCAGCUCAUUGCCAUUAACAAGGAGUCCUUGAUUGGUGUGACACAUGAAGAGGCCAAAAGCAUGCUCAACAAAGUGAAAUUCAGCCAAGAUACUGCUGUGGACAUAGCCUUCAUCCCAGGGAAAGGACUUUUUCCAAGCAGCUCGUCUCUGCACAAUGGGGUCCAGCGAGCCUCGGGCAACAGCUACAACUCUGGACGCUUAAAAGUCCACAUCCGUUCACCCGAGAUCUGUACAGAGGAGCCAGCCCCACCGUCCUCACCUUCUCCUGACAUCUGUCCUCCAGAUGUUCAUGUUUCAGGUUCAACCAGCCAGAGAUCCCCGACAGGAGCGAAACCUAAGAUAACCCUGGACCCUUACAUUCGCCUCAAAUCAGACAAAUUAGACUUGGCCUUGUCCUUCCUUGGUUUGGAUGUCACAGAAGAGAAGAAGAAGAAGCUGCGACAGAGUCUGACCACAGACCCACAAGGCACCGUGGCCUAUGGAGACUUUGUGGAGGCAACCCGCAACAUCUUCCAGGAGAACCUGGAGGAGCUGGGCUUGGAGACAGGUCCCUUCACAUUCUCCUACCAUGAAGCAGCUAGUCUGAUGGAUACAUCAGCCUUCCACUCACCUACAUAUGAAUCCGAGUGCAGCUACAGCAGUGAGGAGAUGGAGCAGUUUCAGACUGAGGUGAAGCAGCUGCAGACGCAGAUGAAACAGCUCAAGGUGAUGCUGAAGGACAUGGAACACAGCAAGAAAACCCUCGAGGAGGAGUUGCAGAAGACCUCAGAGAAAGCCUGUCUGACUGUAGAGGAGAACACUCGCCUGAAGAGUCGUCUGCAGGCGGCCGAGGCCGAGGCGGUGCAUCGGCAGGCCGGCAGUGCUGAGCAGGACUAUGAAGAAGUCAUCCAGCUGCUGGAGGCUGAGAUCAGAGACCUGAAGAGCCAGCUGGCCACCAAGAAGCAAAGACGGGGAGCAGAGUCCAUGCAGGAGGAGGUGGGCGAACUGAAGAGGAGGCUGACGACUAUCGACUGCCAGCUGAAGAAGUCCGAGCUGAGCAGGAAAUAUCUGGAGAUCUCCAACAAGAAACUGCUAGGCUUUGCUCAGAACGUCCACAAAGUGCUGACCACGCCCAGCCUAUUUGGAGAAGGGGGGAGUAACAGGUCGUCUCCUGCCACGGAAAGCCCCGACAUCCCAUCACCAAUUCCUGACCCUGCCUUCCAGCUGGCUGUGGAAGCCAAAGAGCUGGUGGAGGGGGUGUGUACUCUCACAACUGAUAAAGAACUGGUGAGUGCAGAUGCAGCAUCCGCUCCAGAUGUCAGUCCUCAUCAUGUGUGAACAGCACCAAGCCAAAGAGGACUGAGUCCAGACCUGGGCUGGGCAGGAGAGGCCCAACGAGCAGCUGACGUCGCCAUGCACUUCACCACAGUCCGCAGCAAACACAACACCAUUCUACGACAGGACACGACGACACCACUUUGUUAAACCCUCACUGGGACAGACUGACCACGUUUUAAUGCCAAAGCCUGUUUGUGCACAUGAAAUUAGCGUGCUCCCUCCAAUUACUCCACAUGCUCCCCACAGGGCUCAGCAUGGGAUCAGUCUCAUCCUGUCAGUAGCACAUCACAUGUACAGAAGUCUCUGUGAGAAGUGCUCUGACUAACAUCUGCUGGAAUUCUCUCCUGUGUUACUCUUUCAGCAGGUGGUACAGGUGGAGCUGCAUGACCAAGUCCUCCACACACUCCCAUCAAUGCUGUAGACCUUGUUAAUACUCUUGCCAACCUCUUUUCUAUCCUGACAAACACAAACUCAUCUCCACUCCGUGAAAGAAGGACUGGUUACUUGGAAAGCUGAUGUGUACAGCGUGUCCCCCUGUGCCAGAACCUCCAUGACAAAUUUGCUCGUUUGCUCUGACACAACAUCUGCCAUGCUUCCUACCCUCGCGCCCUUACUCACACUGUCAUGGAAGACAAGAUAUGAGGGUUUGAAGGUGCAGCGCGGAUCAUCUCAUCUAAAUGCCUGGUUCAUGUUGAUGUGUCUCCUGCAUUCAGGAGUGGUGUACCUGUUGCCGUAGCUCCAGCUGUGUUAAACUGUGUUUGGUAUUCCGUGUAGGCAGACCUCAGUCUUAGGCUACAUGUUCAACAUAGAUUUGAUUUCUACAGACAUCUGCAACUGCAGUGACAAUGAUGACAUGUCCUUUACUUCAACCAGAUUGCAUCUUUGGUGUGGCCUCAUUCUUUCUGUUACUGUUUUAUAUUAAAGGAAUAACUGAUGACCGAA